GACCGGGUGACAUUCACACAGCAUUUAACUAAGAGUGAAAGGGUGAGGAGAGAAAGUGCAGGAUGUCCCUUCAGGACAGCCCUGAAGGGACACCUGAGCUGGGAAGAGACACCUUCUGAACUAUAGCAGCGACCAAGAGCCUCACGGGAGAAGGAGUCAGUGGAACUCCCCCGACAACAACCUGCUGUUGCUCCUCCUCUCCUCGCAACCGGCUCUCAUCCCCACCCCUCUCCUCCUCCAUCCUCUCUCUGUCUCUCAUUUGAUCCCAUCCCUUACUCCCUGCACCACAGAGGGAGAGCGAGAGCUGAGAGAAGAGAAAAGAAAAUACACUGAGACCUGCAAUUAUCUACCAUCUCUGAACCACAUACCCACGUCAGUAUAUAUACAAAAGAAGAGUGAAACACUAAUAGAAGCUGUACAUUUUCAGAGCCUGGGAGAUUUAUCCACGACACAUGCGGUGAGAAAAUACGAAGGGUCGAAGAGGAGAAGGAGAAGCAGCGAUGGCACUCUCCUGGUGUCUCUGCGCAACUGUGAUGCUGGUUUGGGGCUCUUUGUUGCCCCAGGUUCACUCGGUGCUGGCACUGGAGAAUGAGGUGCCACUUCGCCCAGCUACAUGGUUACCAGAAGGAAAGAUCACCUCAGUAACUCUUCCUAAAGGGCGAACUCGAAGGUUAUAUUUCACGCUGAAGAAGAAGACCUCUGCGAUGUUGGUGACUGUGAGCCCCUGUACCCUCCCCAUUGAAUGGAGUCUGGCCGCUCGGACCCUGAAGGACAAACCGCUCAAAAACCUGCAAUGGAUCACCAAGAAAAGCACGCCUGAGGUGUGGUGGCGAGGUCCUGGCACAGAAGAGAAAAUCCACAGCUUCACCGGUGAUACAGCAGACACCUACAAUGGCCCUCCCCACCCCCAUGCUUCUGUCUACAUCCUGAGGCUGCGUUCAAAACAGCAAACAUCUAGAGCUACAGUGUUCCUCCAUGAAGGUCCAGGGCCCUUAGGCAUCUUCCCUCUAAUGCCAGCUGACCCGCAAGUUCAGACAUUAGGUGUCGGUAUGACCAGUGUCACCCUCAGCUGGGUGCCCAGUGCCUCCAUAACAAGCCUCCCAAAGGCAAAAAACAGUUACGAUUACUGCGUCCUCAUUAACUCUCUGCAAAACUACCCCAGCCUUUGUGCAGCGAAAGAAAGGAAGCAAAGAGAGAAAGAUCAGAAUCAAGGCAAGAAGGAGAAAAAGAGACAAGCGACACCAUGGCCAAUUUUAAAAGAUUGGUGGUGGGAGCAGUGGGACAGUUAUCCUGAAAUCCCAAGUCUGCCCUCCUCUCUUGGAGAAGAUUUCAAUGAUCUUCAGUGCGCGUGUCAGGGGACAGAGAACGUUUGCACUGUCUCUGAGCUGCUGCCUGACACUUCAUACUACUUUGAUGUUUUUGUGAUAGAUAAGGUGAAUAGGACCAGUGCAGCAUACAAGGGGGCAUUUGCGAGGACGCAUGAGGAAGCUCGAGCUGCAGUCGUACCUCUAAGAGAAGGAGAGCUAAGGUGGGUGUCCUUUCAGGACUCGGGCUCAAACUCGCAGCAGCUCUUCAGUUUCCAUCCUAGGGGAUGGAAGCAAAGUGGCCUCCUCACCUUGCAAAGCUGUGGUGGAGGUGAAAAGAUAAAGGUAACUGUGUCUAGUAAGGGACAGGUUUUGAACUCUCAGGGAGUGGGAACCGAUUUAAUCCACAUUUGGCUUCAAGGAAGUCCUUCCUAUCUUAUCCACUUUCAACAAGAAGGAACUACCACUAGCCAGGUAAGUUCGCUUACAGAUGCAGCUCGACUAGAAAGUUUGAAAGCUUCAGUCAAAAUGCAAGUUUCAUCAGCUUUCCACCGCAGAGGGGUCCCAUCUCUGCCCUCGACCUUGCAGAUAAAAUCUUUCAACCGGCUGCGUGGUUGCAACAGUGUCACCCUGGCCUGGAUGGGAACAGAGGAAAGAAGCCUGUACUGUGUGUACCGCAGAAAGCUGAGUAGCUUUGAUGAAGAGGCUGGGGGAGCAUCAGCUCUGAAUGCGCCCUGUCUGGGCCCAGAGUCUCGCUCUGACACUGAAAGGGUUCUCUGCAAGUAUUUCCAAGAGCUGAAUCCUCGACGGGCCGUAACUACAGCUGUGAUCGGGGGCCUGGAGCCAGGAAUGGCCUAUGUGUUUGAUGUCUAUCUAAUGAGACGCUGGGGGAUCCCCAUCAAGUAUGUCAGCAAGAUGUUAAAGACCAGAAAGGAAUGCUGAGCAGCCGCCCCCUAGAGGAAGCUUACAAGUUGUCCCGGUAUAUGGGAAAGUGCAUCAGCCACGGACACACUGUGAAGACAGACCAAGAGCUCAAAGCCUUUUGAUUGUUUUCGAGAGACAUUUUGCAAAAAUAAGGAAAUGUUCUCUUGAAACACAGUGGUCACAUUCAAACUCCACUUUAUCAGUGCAAGUAGAUGGCAAGGACUUAGGAAGGAUGUACACACCAGCAAAAGUUUUAACAUUUUCAAAACAACGUUUGUGCUCUUGUCAUUUUGAUCCUUGUUUUUGACCAUCAUAAUGACAUGCCAGUCAUUCAAGUGCUUUUUUUCUGUGUCCAAGUACGAGGGAUGGGCAAGGUUUGCGAUGACACAAAGUCAUUAUGAAAACUACAAAGUAGACUGUGCCAAAAAUGCAACAGAAGCAGAUGGGGCAAUAAUGAGAAAAGAUCUGAGACAGAGGGAUUUGCAGCAUGUAUCUCCAGAGCUGCAUAUUGUACAGGCUAAUAAACACAGGUGGAACCGAUCUGAAGAUGCUAAAUUCAAAGUCUGUGUUUGUCUUUGUGUUCUGCUUUUGCAUGAAGCAGUGUGAAAUAUCUAGUGACUUGCCUCAUUGUCGUUGAUGUAUUAUUGUGCUGCUUCAAAGUCAUCAAUAAAUAAUAAGGUAUGUGUAUA